AUGUUAUGCGAUAUUCAUUCCGAGUUUGGUUUAGAUUCGUCAAAAAUAUUAGCCACUGUCACUGAUAAUGCUAGUAACUUUGCUAAAGCUUUCAGGGUUUUUGGUGUAAAACUUUGUAACUUUCAAAGGGACGUUGAUGGUGAAAAUAAUGAAUUUUCGGAUACAUCAGCAGAUGAAGAAAGCGACGAUGAGAAUUUUCAAUCAAUUCCGAUGGAUCCUGAUGAAGAAUGUGCUUUAGAGCCAAAUAAGCCUCUGCCACAACAUCUCAGGUGUUGUGCACAUACGCUCAAUCUUUGUGUCGCGAGCGAUGCCAUAAAAGCUAUCAACAGCUUUCCAUUGCUAUUAUCAGUGCAUGAACAGGCAAUGGCCAAAUGUACGGUGUUAUGGAGAUUCGUCGGACGUCCAAAGUCUGCAGAAAUACUAAUGGACAUAUUAGGUCAUACGUUGAGCAGGCCAGGUGAAACUAGGUGGAAUUCAUUGUAUGAUUCUCUGCGCCAAAUUGUAAAAAUUCGUGAAAAGUGUCCUCAGUUAAGUCGAGCGCUCAAUAUCAAGAAUACUUUAAAGGAGACUGAUUUUAUUUACAUUGAGGAACAUCUGUCAUGUGUCGCUCCUGUGGCUGAAGCUCUCGAUAUUCUGCAAGGGGAAAAUAAUGUAUAUUACGGAAUUGUUCUCCCUUGCCUUUUCGCAUUACGUAAAAAAUUACAAGUUUUACAAAACAAGGAGUUGAAAUAUUGUAGACCACUAUCGGAUGCUCUUUUGGAAAGUGUCGAAAGACGAUUUAAAGAUUUCUUUGACAUGUCUGCGGUAUCAGCACAGAAUGCUGCAAUUGCCACAUUGUCAUAUCCAAGGUUCAGAAAUCGAUGGUUGUCAUGCAUUGGCCUUGAAUCAGCUCAGAUACUAUCAUUUUUUAAAAAAACAGUUGCAGCAGAGAGUAAUUGUGUAGAAGUUUCCGAAAAAGAAACGGAUCCGUUUGACGAUUACUUUGAUUUUGCGAUGGAAUCACAAUCAGCAGCUUGCGGAGAUUCAU